GCAUCAUGGCUAUGCCAGAGCUAGUGGUGCAAGCAAUGGCAUUGAUUGUUCACUAUCUCAAGGGUUUCGGUAUGGAAUGACUAAUCUGCUUUGGUUCUUCAUUCCGGCCAUUUAGUGCUAAUACUGAAAUGUCCCUAUCAGCAAACGCUCUUCAACAACUUGAGGAAUGCUUUCAGGUAUUGAAUAACAACUCAGAUGGUUCAGUAGAAGGGUCUUUAUUCCAAACUAUGAACAACACAUGUACAGCUUUUGGAUCUAGGCUGUUUAGACACUGGUUGACUCACCCCUUAUGUGAUAGAAAUCUAAUAUGUGCUCGUCAUGAUGCGGUCUCUGAGAUCUCUGAAUCAAUGGGGUCACGCAGUAUUCAGAUAGCAUGCUACAUGAUGGAGAGGAUGGGUGCUGCACAUCUUCUGUGUGAAGUGAUCUAAGCACCGUUCUUUAAUCUGUUCUAACAAUGCUGGGAAGAUCACUUGAUUCCCAAAGAGGAAUAACAAGGAUUUUUGACUGCAAAGCCACUUUUGUUCUUUUCAAAUACGUAUUCACUUUUGUUCUUCUUCAUUUUACUGCAAAACGCCACAGCCCCAGUUAUGAUUGUUCAUUUCAAAAGUUGCAUCUCAUACUUGCAAGUAGUUUUUUUACUGGUACAUUAACAUGUGUUACCACAACAAAAUAGAGAAGUCAGUUUUCUUUAAUAGUACAAAAACUUAUUUCCCUUUGACCCUUCCUGUGUAAAGUAGUACAACAAAUGUGUUACUUCAAAGAAAUUUUUGAGAUGCACUGUGUUUGUGUUCCGUGCCAUAAAUCAUAACUUGCUGAGCCCAACCCUAUUAUCCAAGUAUCCUGUCAAGUGAAUAUGAUAUUCAUAGAAUCACAAUGAAUGCUCUGUAACUCAAAAGUUUCCACUGUAGAUUUCUCAGUAUUUAUGCCCAAAACCGGUUGAUGUCUUUUGGAUGACUAACUGCCGAUAUUGUCACAUUGCAGUUUGUUGGAGUCAUCAAAGCUAUCAUGACAGCUGGAAAGCAGCUGCAGAAGCUUGUGCUGGAGGAUACUGACAGUUUAAGUUCUUAGAAAAAACUUGUGUUGCCACUAUCCUUAAUGGAAAUAACUAAUUUCCCUAUUUUGUUUCUCUUAAAUCUAGGGCCUAAAUUUAGAUUUUGCAUUGGCCAGGGCUCCAGUAUCUCAGGUACAGCCUAGCUAGAGCUAUGAUACAUAUGUACAUACAAGAUCAUGAGGGGAUCCCUAGCACAUGUCAGACCUCUGUCUCCACCAUUCGUAUUGUCGGUUAACACGGCUUCAGGAACAGUGGCCCACACCUCUAUAUACUUCGCGCGAUUGAGAGAAGACGGGACCCUUCUCCCCAAACCUAGCCCGUCCCGAAAGCCCACCACCAGCCUCUUUCUUCUCCUCGCCGCCGCCUCCUCCGGCGACCACCGGAGCCCGAGAAGGAAGAGGAAGAGCGAGAGCUCAGCAAGGCGAAGGAAGGAGAUGGUGAGCGCCUCGUCAUCGUCGGUGGUGAACGUGUACCCGCUCGCCAACUACACGUUCGGCACCAAGGAGCCCAAGAUGGAGAAGGACACCUCCGUCGCCGACCGCCUCGCGCGCAUGAAGGUCAACUACAUGAAAGAAGGAAUGCGGACAAGUGUUGAAGCAAUCAUGCUGGUGCAAGAGCACAACCAUCCCCACGUACUGCUAUUGCAAAUUGGGAAUACAUUUUGCAAACUUCCUGGUGGACGGUUGAAGCCUGGAGAGAAUGAAAUUGAUGGCCUGAAGAGAAAGCUGUGCAGCAAACUUGGAGUGAACUCACCUUCCUUUCCACCUAACUGGCAGGUUGGGGAGUGUGUUGGUGUCUGGUGGAGGCCAAACUUUGACAAUGUGAUGUAUCCUUACUGCCCUCCACAUAUUACCAAGCCCAAGGAGUGCAAGAAGCUUUUCAUUGUUCACCUAACUGAAAGGGAGUAUUUCGCCAUUCCAAGGAAGUUGAAGCUACGUGCCGUUCCACUGUUUGAAAUCUAUGACAAUGUUCAGCGGUUCGGACCUGUCAUUUCCACUAUCCCUCUACAGCUGUCUAGGUUCCAGUUCAACAUGGUGAGCUCGUAAGGGUGAUGAGAUAUGAAGAGAGGCAUGUGUUAAGGCCUCUUUCAUCAACACAUUGACAGAUGGACCGUCGACGUGUUGAACUAGCUGAUCAACUUAGCAUUACUCAUUUGUUUUAUCAUUACCAAAUUUCCCUGAAUUAUGCAUCGUUAGACUGUAAUCGAGACAUGCAUUUCGACUAUCUGUUUGGUGGUUCUCUUAUUACUCGUCACUUGCUAGUGCAAGGUGUAUUUUUUAGAUAAUCAUUUGUUGCUCUGCAGCGCUAAUUAUUCGUGUAUGUAUCCGUGUAUGUUUGUACUCCCUCCGUCCCAUAUAAAGUGACUUUCUAUUA